AUGAACAAGGAAAAUACUUCACAGGGUGAUUUCUCUUCCGAACCGGAUCUCACGACGGCCGAGCGGAGGCUGUGGGAUUCCGGCUUUCCGCCGGGAUUUUCCGUGGACAAGUUGAAACAGUUCCGAAGAAGAAGGUUCCUCAACAAACCGCAGGAUCAUCUGCAGCUGGAGGAGGGAAAGUUUGCCAACAUCAAAUCGGAGUACACGAGGAGAUACAAGAACUACUACUUCACCGGCUCCGACGGCGAUUUGGCUUACAACUCUAAAGAUAUUUCUCCGAUUCGCAGCGAGAAACCCGAGGAUUCCUUGAAAAUCGAGGGGGCCUUGCACAUAAAUCCUGAAUACACAGAAUCAUUUGUCGAGUUUCCUUUGGAAAAUGUAAGAGGGCGGAGGCGGAAACGCAGUGCUUUCCGGUUAAUUGACGAUGCUGAUAUGGCCUUGCAUAAUGAGGAGUAUAGUUAUUCCGUUUCCAGGACAGAGAAUAGGGCCCAGUUCAAACGCUGGGACAACUGGAGUAGAACGUUACCACUGCGACGUCCGACGAUUUUGAAAUUGGAAGGAGAUUUACUAUCAACCACUGAAAAGGCGGAACAAUUUAUCGAAUAUCUUCUUGCGGAACGGAGGACUUUGAAGAAGCAUGAUAACAAUUUGAAGAUGGAAGGAGAGAUGCAAACCAAUUCGGAAAUGGGAGCCCAAUUCCGACCAUACGAAUACCAAUCGAGGCCACCUCUUUGUCGAAAAUUCACAAAUUUACACCUCGAAGGUGACAUGGAAACGAUGACGGAAAACAAUGAGAACUACGUUACUUACACGUAUGAGAAGCGUCCGGCGCUGAUGAAAAGAGGUACAAAUCUUAAUUUAGAAGGAGAUUUGGAGAUGAAUCCGGAAUACAGGAAUGCUUUCGUUGAGAUUAAAUCGGAAAGGAGGUCGCCGUCAGUACCUCAGCACAAUUUAACAGUAGAUGGAUUCUUUGAUUCAUCAACUGAAAAUAAAACCAAAUUUGUUGGACACGAAAUUCGACCUAUACCGUUCUUGCGUGGAUCCGAUUUCAACCGAAAAUUAUUGCUAGGCGAUGAUAAACCAAUAAGAAAUGCGGAAUACAGAGACAAAUAUGUGCAACAUGCUAUGGAAAAGACAGCUCCUUUGAGACGCACUUCCAAUUUGAAAUCAGAAGGUAAUUUCGAGGGAAUCUCGGAAAAUAAAGGCGAAUACGUGGAAAGGCCUGUGACUAAAGUAGAGAAACAGAAAAUGCAACACAAUAUUCAUUUGGAGGGAAGGAUCGAUAUGAAUCCCGAAUACAAGAACGCAUAUGUGGAUUAUUACAAAGACGGGAAUUUCGCAUCACCUUCACGAAGGAGAAGGACACAUUCUCAAACGAUUAAUUUAAAAUCGGAGAGUCCCGUUGAACAUUAUCCUGAAUAUAAGAGAUCUUACGUGGAUUUUCCUAGGUCUAGGCCAACGAUAAUUAAACCCGGAGGGAACAUAUCAAGCGAAGGAAAUAUGGAUCAUGUAAGUGAAAAGAAAUCGCAGUACAUCGAAUAUCCGAAUUACCAAAAACAGGACUCUUUAAAACGCGAAUCAAAGCUAAAACUUGAAGGAAAUUUUGAGUGUCAGCCGGAAUAUAGGAAAGCCUACAAAGAUUAUUUAAUUCGUGAACGCGUUGAUAGAAAACCUCGUCCUAUGGAUAAUCUAACGCAAAAUAAACGCGCCGUCGAUGUUUUAGCGCAAUCCUCAAGCACUCCGACUCCAAUAUCCGAAGACUCUUCUAAGCCGCAUAAGCGCAUCAUCAAAUCGCAGAUUCCAAUCAGGAAACCUCAAUCGACGACUUCUGAAUCGGAUUCCGGUUCAAAGUCGAGCCGUUUGAAAACUAUCGAAGGUCAACUCUUUGGUCCGAAAAUUCCCAAAGCAAGCAGAAGUCCGAGUCCUCGAGUCAGGACUAAAUCAAAGAGUCCAUCAAAAUAUAAACCGAAGGAGGAAAAGAGGAAUAACAGGACGGGAUCUCGGUUUACUGAAUCCAUUCGCGUGGAAGAUCUCGCUUACACUCCGUGCACUUCUCCGAUUCCCACGAGGAAGGUGUACGCUCAGCAGGUGGAAAGAAAGAAGUGGAAUAAGCAGGAAUCUGAAGACGCUUUCUACAUUUUGGAGGACGAUAUAAAUAAUAAUUGCGAGAAUGAGCAUUUCCUUAAUGCUAAGAGUUUGGACCGGUGCGGAUUGGGUUUCAUGGGGAUGCGUCAAAUCAUUUUAUUUGCAGAAUGUAAUCCCAUGUGGCUACAUCCUCCAAACCAUCGACCCGAGCUUGUUAUCGCGUGGUUUGAUGAGAGUCCUUAA